AUGCCUAUAGCAGCGCCAGCCAACAAGCAGCCCGAUCAUUUGAUUGCGACUUGGGAGUCGUUUAAUUGUAGCGUAAAUCGCGAGGUUAUUGGCUUCCAUAGAUGCCUCAUUGUUGAUCCGGAUAAAACUCUGUUAACGGCCGAAUUUGAAUAUAUUCGAGCAUUUUCAAAUGUUAACAUUACCCUAGCACUCUAUGUUCGACGAGGAAAGUCAAAGAUGUUUCGCAAGACUUUAGUUUUACGCCUGAAUUAUUGUGAACUCAGUCAAAAUAAAAUCAGAAACAAAAUCGGGAAUAUGGCCUACAAAAGUGUAAUAAAGAACAGCAAUUAUCCAAGAAAGUGCCCCGUGCCCAAGGCCCUCUACUAUUUUCGGGACAUUAACUUAUCGGACAAUAUUCCGCCUUUUCUUCCGCCAACGUCUUUUAAAGCAGAAAUAUACUUUUUUUCGAUCGAUAUAAAAAUUAUAACUGUUUCGUUAAGUGGAAAUUUCACACGAAAGCAAACCAAUAAAUAUAAUUUUGAUUAA